AUGGUUGUCUCAAAGCACUCCGCAGAGCGAGAGGCUGGGAGAGAGCACAUUCCUCAGUAUCCCAAGGGUUUUGUCGCCUUGCGCAUCAUCCAGCUGAUAUUCAGCCUCAUCUGUAUGAGCCUGUCGGCUUUCGCCCUGUCCCUGGCGACCAGUUCAACCCCUAUGAUCAUGAUCUUUGUCAGCAUUUUUACGCUGAUUACAACCACUUACAACAUCGUCGCUUGUAAUAUACACCCGAAGCUUUACAAUUACUGGGCUGUCCUAACCUUUGAGAUCUUUCUCUUCCUCGCCUGGCUCGUUGCCUUUGCCUUGAUGGGCAGCUCCGGUGCGGUCCUCAUCGCCAGUUGGCAGGCGUACGGAAAUAGCUUGACUUCGGAGUCCGCCGAUCUCAUCGCUGUCCUAGGCUCCGUCAUGGCCGCUGCCGGCGCUAUUGGCGCCAUGAACUGGAUCUUAUUUUUCGUCAGUCUAGUCAUGAACUCGGUCCUCAUCAGCCGCCACCGCUCUGCCGGUCUUCACAGCAAGCGCGUCGCCGCGGGCGGCCAACGUGAUGGAGGGAAGGUCCUCAUGCAGUCUGAGCAGUCUUAUCAAAUGUAUCCUCAGCCCUCGGGCUACUCAAAGGUCGAACCCGAGCACAACGCCGGCCCCGAGCAAGAUGUUUACUCCCCACAUAUCAUGUCACCCCAUCAGCGACAGCAAACUUACUACUCAGUCUCCUCGGUGGACAAUAUGAACCGACAAGGAUUCCCAGCCUUGGUGCACGCACAGAGCACGGGUGGCUCGUACCAGAGCAGCGUGCACGCACAGAGCACCGGUGACUCGUACCCGAGCAGCGCGUGGGUCCAGUCGACACCCGUUCCAAUCUAUGAGGCGGACAGUCAGUCGUGUAAGCCGGCGGCGCCAAUGGAACUAGCAUAG